AUGCGGAUCCAUCCAUCACCACCCGACCACCUCAUGGUGAUGGCCACCGCUGCGGCCGCCAUGAACAUGGAUGCGCCGGCGGCGCCCGACGGAAACGCCGCCAACAAGGCGGCCAAGCAGGGGCGGCGCGGGCGCCGCGAGAUGCGCCGGAUCGAGGACUCCACGAGUCGCCAGGUGACCUUCUGCAAGCGCCGGAGCGGACUCCUCAAGAAGGCGUACGAGCUGUCGGUGCUGUGCGGGGCCGAGGUCGCGCUCAUCGUCUUCUCCCCCCGCGGCCGCCUCUACCAGUUCGCCUCCGCUGCCGAGUACAUACUACUCUCCUUUCCUUUCCUUGUUCUCAGCUUGCAGAACACAAUUGAUCGGUACCUGAAGCACACAGAAGGCACACCUGCAAAUGGGAAAGUUGAAACAGGCGUAGAGAAGUGGAAAUAUGAGGCUACAACCUUGGGAAAGAAGAUAGACACAAUUGAGACAUACAAGAGGAAGCUGCUUGGAGAGAACCUUGGAUCUUGUUCAGUUCAGGAGCUAAAAGAACUGGAGGCACAGCUAGAGAAGAGCCUAAGCAUAAUCAGGCAAAGGAAGGAAAAGAAGCUGAUGGAUCAAAUUCUAGAUUUGAGGGAGAAGGAGCAGAAACUCUUGAUGGAGAACACGAUGCUCCGUGAUCAGUCCAUUGAUCGAUCAUUGACUGAUCCAUCAAUACACUGUAAUUGCAUAUCCAAGUGUAUGGCCCUGCCUCUGCUAGAGCUGAAUGAUAAGGACCAUGACUAUCAUAUGGAUGCUGCUGGUGGCGGCGAAGAAGAGGAAGCGGCAGCGGCGAAGGAGAGGCGCAUGGAGGACGUGGAGACGGAGUUGGCCAUCGGAAUUAUUGGAAGCAGGAGACUUACUGAAUCGCCUGCGCUGAGGCUCCAUCAGCAGCCUGCUGGAUCAUAUCGACGAUCGAGCGCAUGA